AUGGGAGUUAGGGUGUGUGUUGAGCUUAAGAGGGAAAAAAGUGUUUUGGGGAUGUAUCCAUUGUGCGUUAGUAUUACAGAUAAUGAUGUUGAGGAGAUUGCAACUGGUGAGUGUGUUUUUAGAGACGAUGUGCUUCAACUUGGAUACGAUGAUAAUUUGGAGUAUAUGGCUGCGUAUGAUUCGAAUGAAUUUGAUCUGUCAAAUUGUGGAAAGGCUGUUGUAUUUUUAGAUGAGGACAACAAAUUGAUUAUUUCCAACGCAGAACAGAAGGACAUUUUUGUAAAUCAAAUUUACAAGGAUAAGGAUACAUUGAAAUUGGUAAUGGCGAAUUAUGCUAUCCGAGAACGAUUCAACUUCAAAACUGAGAGAUCAAAUGCUAUAAGCUAUACAAUCGUAUGUAUGUCACCUGAAUGUGAAUGGAAAUUACGAGCGUCAAGUGUUGAAAAAUCUGAACUGUUCAGAAUUAGGUAUUUCCAUGACGAACAGACAUGCCCUUUGAAGGACAAGGUAUAUUCACAGAGGCAAGCAACAAGUUGGUUUAUUGGGGAAUCGGUUGUUAAGCCGAAAAUAGCGAACCACAAGAGGAAAGUCAGCCCUGGGGAUAUAAUGGACGACGUAAAAAAUGAAUUCGGCGUAGAUGUUUCUUACAUGCUGGCCUGGAGAGCUAGAGAAAAAGCUAUGCAUGAUUUGAGGGGGGAUCCUGCUGCUUCAUACAAUAAAUUUCCGGCAUAUGUGUAUAUCCUAGAUAAAACAUAUCCUGGAUCAUAUGUUAAAAUGCAUAAAUCAUGUGAAACUGAGUUCCUGUAUUUCUUUGUUGCACUCAAAGCAUUCAUAAAGGGAUUCGAGUGUUGUAGAUCAAUAGUGAUAGUGGAUGGUGCACACCUUAAAAACACGUAUAAUGGUACAUUUGUAUCCGCAAGUACUUUGGAUGGUGCAAGUAAUAUUCUACCACUGGCAUAUGGUUUCAUAGAUUCGGAAAAUGAUAAGUCCUGGACUUGGUUCUUUGAGCAGUUCAAGCAAGCUUAUGGUAUUAGGGAUAACAUGUGUGUCGUAUCCGACAGACACGAAAGCAUAAUCAAAGCGGUGUAUCGGGUGUAUCCUACUGUUCCUCAUUUGGCCUGCAUAUGGCAUUUGUGGAAAAAUGUGACUAAGAAAUACAAGUCGAAUGAUGAAGUAUUGAGUCCUGUGUUUUAUUCACUCGCCAAAGCAUACACACAGGAUGAGUUCAAUAAAAUGAUGGAAAAGAUUGAGAAUGUUGAUAUACGAGUAAAGGAAUAUUUGAAUGAUGCUGGAAGGGAGAAAUAG